AUGGCGGCCGCCGCGGCGAGAGCGCUGCUGCCGGUCCUCUGCUCCCGGGGCGGCGCUGCGGGCGGCGGCUGCUUCCCGGGGCUGGUCGCCAGCUGCUCCCGGCGGCCGCAGCAGCAGCAGCAGCGCCAGCGGACGGUACACCAGAGACUCUCUCCAUGGCAGAAUUUGAGGGUUGUUUAUUGCAGUACCGUUGUGCCCUCUGAUGACGUGACUGUGGCAUACCAGAACGGGCUGCCUGUGAUAUCCGUGAGGCUGCCGUCGAGACGCGAGCGCUGCCAGUUCACACUCAAGCCCAUCUCCGACUCGGUUGGUGUGUUUUUACGACAACUGCAAGAAGAGGAUCGGGGGAUUGACAGAGUCGCUAUCUACUCACCAGAUGGUGUUCGGGUUGCUUCCUCGACAGGAAUUGAUCUUCUCCUCCUUGAUGACUUUAAGCUGGUCAUUAAUGACUUUACAUAUCACGUGCGACCACCAAAGAGAGAACUCUUAAGCCAUGAAAACGCCACCACACUGAACGACGUGAAGACACUAGUGCAGCAGCUCUACACUACCCUGUGCAUUGAGCAGCACCAGCUGAACAAGGAGCGGGAGCUGAUGGAGAGACUAGAGGACCUCAAGGAGCAACUGGCACCCCUGGAGAAGAUCCGAAUGGAGAUUAGUAGGAAAGCAGAGAAGAGAACCACUUUGGUGCUAUGGGGUGGACUCGCCUACAUGGCCACACAAUUUGGCAUUUUGGCCCGUCUCACCUGGUGGGAGUAUUCCUGGGACAUCAUGGAACCGGUCACCUACUUCAUCACAUAUGGCAGCGCCAUGGCAAUGUACGCUUACUUUGUGAUGACGCGCCAGGAAUAUGUUUAUCCAGAAGCCAGAGACAGACAAUACUUAUUAUUUUUCCAUAAAGGAGCCAAAAAAUCACGUUUUGACCUAGAGAAGUACAAUCAACUCAAAGAUGCAAUUGCUCAGGCAGAAAUGGACCUUAAGCGGUUGAGGGAUCCAUUACAAGUGCACCUGCCCCUGCGUCAGAUCGGGGACAAGGACUGAGCCCUACCCCAUGCCCCUGCACCCGGCAGGAACAGCACCUUCUAGAACGAUUGCCUUUCUCAUUCAAGCAUUGCAGGUGGACACUGGGAGUCAAUGCAGAAGAAAAGGGGGUGGAUUUACCCGGUAAUUAGAAAACACAAACCCAAAGGAAUACUAAGGCGCAGAGAGAGAUGGUGAAGUCUGAGGAUCAUGCUGUGUAGAAUUGAAGCUUUCAAGGGCUUAGAGACUAUUGUCUUUUUCAAGCAUCUUCAUUUCCAACUGACCAGGAGGCAAUGAGAGAUCUGAGAAAUUAAAAAACGAACAAACAAAUGGUAAUGGUACUGGGGGUGGAUUCCACUUGUUGCAUCUCUGCAGAGUCAGCAAAACAGUCACACACCAGCACCCCACUUUGCUCUCUCUUCUCUUUUCUUUUUUAAUUUAACUUUUCUUCUUUGUGACAUAGAAGUAACUAAAUCUACCAGGAAAGCAAAAUCCUCACGAUAAGAGGGUGGCAGGUUCCAAGUCCCUGAGCAUUAAUGAAUGCUUGAGUGGACCCCAGUUCUCUGCAAAGUUGGCCUCUCUCAGUUGGUUUUACUGAUCUUUUUUUAGCCAUCUGUAAUGGAAACCAACUUAAGACUGUUUAAUAACUGAUACUUUAGAUUACCCCCUUCAUACCUUUUUCACAUGUCUGUGUAUUCCCAUACUCUGGAUGGGACUCUCAAAUCAUUGGCAAGACUGCAUGAAGGUUUUUAUUUUGUUUUGUUUUGGUGGGUUGGUUUGGAUUGAUGGAUAUUUGAAAGGGGAAGGAGGAAGGGCUUCCCUCGUGUAGUUUUUCCACCCCACUGCCCUUCCCCACUUCCCCCUUUUCCUCCACACCUCCCAAGGGGCCCUAUUGGGCUGUGCUACCAAAACAGGAAGAUAGCAAACUGACUCAAAAUGAUGGCUAUGUAGCCAUGGCAGAACUCAAAUCAUUUCAUCACUGUUAAUCUGCAUGUGGCUGCUGAGAUGAGAUAAGUGGGUCUGGUCUGAAGGCUCUGCUCAGCUGGAACCUCCUACCCUACCACCUCACCCACCAAACCCUGAACCAACCCCCUUCCACAGUUGUCAAUCAAGUGUGUGGCUCUCCACGGAUACGAUUUCUCUUUUUAUAAAGGGACACAUUUCUGUGGCAUGGCCAGUCCUCUCCCCACUCCCCAAAUUUUCCUCUGAUCUCAGAUGGAGAGAGGAGCAACAUGUUUUGGGCUAUCUUGCCCCAUGCCCUCUGCACUCAAAGAGUCAAAGGAAUCUAAGUCUUCUAUUGUUAUUGUUGUUGUUUUUAACAACUCUGGGGACAGGAUACAAAGAAUAAAGGGACUUGCCACACGUUGAUUGGCUUCUGUCUUUCACAUGAUUCACCCCACCCCCAAAUACACCACUCACCUACCCCACCUCUGUGGCAAGAUUUCUUUCUCUUUUCCUCCUCCUUUGGGAUCACUGUAUAUGAAAAGUUUAAAAGCAUUAAAAGACAAGGCCAGAUUAGGUGCCUUGCAGAGAUUUGAUUGAAGGUCUAGCCAGGGUGUAAAGCUGCUGUCUCUCACCCCCCAUCCCCUCACUGACAUGAUGAAAUGAGAGGUUGCAUGGUUCCCCAUUUCCCAGCCCCUCCGCCAGCUCCCUCCCCCUCUAGCCCCUUCCAGUUGUUCAAACCCACCCACCCAUUCACCUUGCCCCCUUGCCUCAUUUCUUUUUGUUGAGUUGUGUGAAUUCUUUGGAAACCAUUUCUCCUGUUGGUGCCGGGUUUUUUCAGAAGAAGCCGCACAGUGCAAUGAGUAAAUACUUCCAAGGUGGAGGGGGAGGCUGGGGAGGGAGCCAAGUCCUUUCAACAAAUAGCAAAAUAUUGAAUAUGUGUACAAUCCUGUAUCAUUUAUGAAAUAUGUAUAAAAGUGUACCUUCUGGAACAAUAAAUACUUAUUCCAUUUUUUGAACAA